AUGUCGGCGGCGGCAGAAAAGCCGCUCAUCAACCUGAUCAGGGGGUGGCCGGCGCCGCGGCAGCUGCCGGCGGACCUGCUCAAGGCGGCGGCGGACCGGGCGCUCGCGGACCCGGCCGUGUUCGUGCCGGGCCUGCAGUACGCGCCAGACCCGGGCUUCCAGCCACUGCGCGAGGAGCUGGCCGCAUUCCUGGACGCCUACUACCACCCGGACGGCGGCGGCGGGGCCGCGGCCCCGGACGCGGCGCGCAUCUGCGUCACGGGCGGCGCCAGCCAGAACCUGGCCUGCAUCCUGGGCUCCUUCACGGACCCGGCCUACACGCGCGCCGUGUGGGCCGUCGCGCCCUGCUACCACCUGUCGAACCCCGUCUUCGAGGACGCCGGGUUCAAGGGCCGGCUCAGGGCCGUGCCCGAGGACGACGAGGGCAUCGAUCUGGAGUGGCUCGAGCGGGGGCUCAGGUCGUUUGGGUCGGACGAGCCGGCGGAGCCUGUCUUCAAGAACCUGCUCCCGGAAAGGAAGGCCUACCGCCACAUCAUCUACGCCGUCCCCACCAGCGCCAACCCCUCGGGCAAGACCAUGAGCCUGCGCCGGCGCCAGGGCCUCGUCCGCCUGGCGCGCGAGCACGACGCCCUGGUUGUCUGUGACGACGUCUACGAUUUCCUGCAGUGGCCCGUCCUCACCACCACCACCACCGCCGCCGCCGCCGCCGCCGCCGCCGGUAGCGGGCCGGAAUCGCUCCUCCUGCCGCGCCAGCGACCGCCGCCGCGGCUCGUCGACCUGGGGCCCGGGCGGCACGACGCCGGCGGCUUCGGCCACGCCGUCAGCAACGGCUCCUUCAGCAAGAUGGUCGCGCCGGGCGUCCGCACCGGCUGGGCCGAGGGCACCCCGGCCUUCAUCACCGGGCUGGCGCACACGGGCGCAAAUAGGAGCGGCGGGGCGGGGAGCCAGCUUGCCGCGGUUAUGAUUUGGGACAUGAUCCGCACCGGCGCCCUGGCCGCCCAUGUCGACGGCGUCGUGCGCCCGGACCUGCAGCGGCGGCACGGCGUGCUCCUCGGCGCGCUGCGGGCGGAGCUCGCCCCGCUCGGCGUCCGCUUCGAGGAACCGCGGUCCACCUACGGCGGGUACUUUGUCUGGCUGACCCUGCCCGAACCGGUCUCGGCGCCCAUCGUGGCCAGGCGGGCGCUCACGGACGAGAACCUGGUGGUGGCCGCGGGCGACAUGUUCCAGGUCAAGGGCGACGACGGCAGCGGCCGGGCCGCCGACGGCGAAGACGGCGCCAGGGUCCGGUUCCCUCACAACCUCAGACUGUGUUACUCGUGGGAGGACGAGGAGCGGCUGGUGGAGGGCGUCGAGAGGCUGGCGAGGGUGCUGCGGGGGUUGCGGGAUCGGCCGCCGACGGCGGAGGAGGCAGAGGAGGUGCAGCAGGCGUUUGGAUUUGUAUAA